AUGGCUCCCGGAGCAUUGGUCGCCGACCCUCUCCACGACGGACUGCCCACCGUCAAGAGGACAGAAGCCCCGCGCUCCAUCUUCCCCGAUGGAAUCCGCACGUCUGGCCAGCAUCCCCCGCUGUACGACCGCCUCAGGCCCUAUGCAGACUUCCCCAAGGAGAUCUCCGGCCCGACGCUGUGGAAGAGGGAGACGUACGAGAACAACCCCGAGCGCUGGACGCACCCCUUCACCGACGAGGAAGUCCAGGAGCUGAGCGACACUGCCGAUGCCUUUAUCGCGAGCGGCACUCCCCUAGAGGGUAUAUCCAAGGUUGGCCUCAAUUCAACCUCAAUUCAUCUAUUUCACAUGUGGCUAACCAUCACGCAGGAAAACUUCCCGCUCCCCAAGCUGAGCAAGGUCCUCGGCGCCCUCCGCGAGGACCUCAUCAACGGCAAGGGCUUCAUCCUCUUCAAGCGCUUCCCGGCCCAGGAGUGGUCCCCGCGCAAGAACGCCGUCGCCUACAUGGGGCUGGGCACCUACAUCGGCUACUUCCUCUCGCAGAACGGCCUGGGCCACGUCCUCGGCCACGUCAAGGACGUCGGCGACGACGCCACCCAGAUCGACAAGGUGCGCAUCUACCGCACCACCGCCCGCCAGUUCUUCCACGCCGACGACGGCGACGUCGUGGGCUUGCUCUGCGUCCACCGCGCGGCUGAGGGCGGGGAGAGCGACAUUGUCAGUAUUCACAAUGUCUGGAACACGCUGCAGCGCGAGAACCCGGACGUCGCGGAGCUGCUCACCCAGCCGGUGUGGUACUUUGACCGCAAGGGCGAGACGUCCGAGGGGCAGAACGAGUGGGUGCGCCAGCCGGUCUUCUACAUCGAGGACGGCGGGGAGGAGCGCGUGUACUGCAAGUGGGAUCCGUACUACGUGCGCUCGCUGACGAGGUUCUCGGACAAGGGGCUCGUGCCGCCGCUGAGCGACGCGCAGAAGAGGGCGAUGGAGGUGCUGGAGGAUACGUGCCAGAGGCUGGCCCUGCACAUGAUUCUCGAGGUGGGCGACAUCCAGUUCGUGAGCAACACGCAUCUGCUCCACGCCAGGACGGCCUACAAGGACUACCCUCCGCCAUCUCCUCGGCGUCACCUGCUCAGGCUCUGGCUCUCUACGCCCCAAGGCGAGGGCGGCUGGGCACUGCCCUUCCACGACAGCUUCGAGAAGAAGCGGGGUGGCAUCCAGGUGGACAACACUGCGCCCAGAGCACCUCUGGAUGCGGAGUAA